GGGGGGUAAAGGAGGGACUGGGAUGAAAUGAGCUGGAAAGAGGGGUGACCUUAGUUUAAAAGGGGUUGGAUAACGGGGUCAACCUGAGUGGUAAAAGGGGGAGAAGGAUUUCAGAGGACCUGGAGAGAGGGACAGACUUUGAUCGAGGUCAGAGGAGCAGCAGAUAAAGACGGAGGGCAGCUUUGUUUUUGAACCUCUCAUUUUAACCUAAGUGCUGUUUUUCUGACAUGUAAGUGAGGAAUGUGGUUGAUUCAACGUUGACCCUGGGACCAACCCUCUCUCGGGUAGCUGAGAUGGCUCGAAUGUGCUUCAUCUUCCUGCUGAUCAGCAACUCUGCCGCUGUUUCCACACAGUUUAAUGGAUACAACUGUGAUGCCAGCUACCACAGCAGGUUUCCUGCGGAGCGGGACAUCAGCAUUUACUGUGGGGUCCAAACCAUCACGCUGAAGAUCAAUUUCUGCCCGGUGCUCUACUCUGGUUACACUGCCUCAGAUCUGGCCUUAAACAGCCAACAUGGCGACGCUCAGUGCCGUGGCUUCAUCAACAACAACACCUUCCCCACAGCGGUCCUGUUCAGCAUCAGCCUCAGCAGCCUAGAGGCCUGUGGCAACAGCCUGGUGGUCAGCACGGCCCAUGGCGUCAACGCCUACGGCAACAUGUCUCUGGUACAAAUUGGGAAUAUUUCAGGCUACAUCGACACUCCCGACCCGCCAACGAUAAUCAGCUACCUGCCUGGCUUGUUGUAUAAAUUUAGCUGCAGCUACCCGUUGGAGUAUCUGGUCAAUAACUCGCAGCUGGCAUCCUCAUCCGCUGCUGUUUCUGUCAAGGACGACAACGGCACGUUCGUCAGCACUCUGAGCAUGAUUCUGUACAACGAUUCUACAUACAGCCAACCCCUGUCGAUCCCCAUGGCCGGACUCGCUCUGAAAACCAGAGUGUUUGCUGCUGUGAAAGCGACAAACUUAGACAAACGAUGGAACAUCUUGAUGGACUACUGUUACACAACGCCCUCAGGGAAUCCUAAUGAUGAACUCCGCUAUGACCUUUUCUUUGGCUGCUACAAAGACCCACAGACGACCGUGUUUGAGAACGGGAAGAGUCAGUUGGGGCGAUUUUCCUUCGAGGUGUUCCGGUUUGUGAAACACAAACACCAGAAGAUGUCUACAGUGUUCCUGCACUGUGUGACUAAGCUCUGCCGGGCAGACGACUGCAUCAUGCUCAUUCCAAUUUGUGCACGAAGGCGCAGAAGGGAUGGAGAGCCCAACCCUGACUCGUUGCCAGCAGCAUCCGGGAACGCCGUCAUCACUGCCGGUCCGAUCAUCACCAGAAGUGAUGAAACGUCUGUCAACAACUCCCAGCUCGCAACUGGUGGACCUUCAGGUCUCAUAAACCCGUUGACCAGCACUCUGAUCUCGGGUGUGGUUGUCCUGGGCGGAGUCAGUGUGGGCUUCUUCCUGUUGUCGCUCCGCCUCCUGCAAAAGUCCCACCCCCCAGCAGAAACACCCACAGGUGUUUUGAAUCCCAGCUUUAAAUGAUUAAUGUUUAAUAAAUUUACACCAAGCUGUUUCCUUUAACCCACUCGUUAAAUGUCAGACAUGACAUGUUUUAGGUAUUUAUUGCAUUUGAUACCUCAUUUUUUGCUUUAUCUGUGGGUUUUUGUUUUUAUGAUUUGUUAGAUGUGUAACAAAGGAAAAUACACAAUUUUAAAAACA